AUGCGUGACGUAGCAAGUCCAAAUACGUAUUAUGGAGGAAUCCCCCCGCCCGAGCCUUGUGGGAGUGCAACGACAACAGCGGUGCUCGACGAUACCCUUCGCUCCUCACACCGCACAACCUCCUUCCAUUCAACCCUACCAGCAGUCUUGGUGAUGCGACGCUUCCUCAUCACGCUCGCCGCACUGGCGACCGCUUGUACGGCAGCUCUCGCAGCGCACGAAGCGAACGACAUCAGCGUCCGACCCGGAAGGCGUCCAGAAAUGGAUAAAUUCGAGCGCGCAGGGCCUCUCGGCGACGAUCGCAGCAACGGACAACACCCCGAAAUGGACAGAGUCGAGCGCGCAGUGCUCUUCGAUGACCUCGUGGUCUCCAAACCUGGCUAUGCUCCUCGCGGCCCCUACGCCAACGAUGUCGCUGCUGCCGACCCCCACGCUGUCCUGGGCGAAUGA